AUGAGUUCCACAAUAAGUGUCGAUAGUCACAAGUUUCUCCUUCGAAAUGUUGAUCAUGAUGAGAAAUCUGGACCGGAACAACAAAAAAUUGUACGGACCCAUGUGAAAAAGAAAGUGAAAUCAUCAAACAUGGUUUCCGUUGAGAAUGAACUACUCUUCAAGUUGGUCGUUCGAAAUUUCAAGGAAUUCAACGCAAAACCACCUCCAGGAAAGAAGCAUGGAAAAUCGUGUCGGCAACGUCUUCUAGAAGAAUGGGCCGAACAGGUCACCGGUUUGGGAAUAAGCACACGUUCACCGGAGCAAAUUCAGGAAAAAGUGCGAAAAGCAAUAGAAAGAUGUCGCAGAGCUAUAGCAGUAGAAAAUGAAAAUCCCUGCGGUCUAGUUGGAGAACAUUCUUUGCCACUUGUCGAACUUCCAUACUAUCUGAAACCUCUUAAACAAGCGUUAUUAACUGGAGUAGAGGAAUGCGGUUUGCCAUGUGAAUCGAACGAAGAGGAUAACGAACCGCAUUUCGAAAAUAUGGACAUGGCAAAAGCCAUGCAAUCUCCCAACAACUCAAUUUUCACUGUAGCAUCAAUAUUUAACACUCCUGGAACUUCAAAUUCAUAUGAUGCGCCUUCAUCAACAAGUACACAUGCAAAUUCUGUGAAGAAUACAUCAGCUUCCGAGGAAGUUCACGUUUCUACCAUUUCGCCAUUCCUUGCCGGCCCGUCUUCGGCUUCCCCGGUGCUUAAGAGAAGCACCAGUGAAAUGGAGGCUGAUGCUGAAGCCGAAAUGAGAUUGUCGUUAAUGGAAGCGGAAAGGAAAGCAGCUGAGAUGAAAAAAGCGUACUAUGCCAAAAAGAUUGAAUUAGUGGAUGCACAACUAGAGCUAACUAUUCUCCAAAUCCAACAACAACAACAGCGGAAUAGCAAAUCCAGUGAUGCCAAUAAUCCUACAUAG